AUGGCCGUUCAAGACAGUCUCUCAUACCAUCAACCAAAGGCCACAGAAACAGAUAAAGCGAUGUUGGAACGUCUGACAAAGUUUGAAGAGGAACUUGAUAAUGAUACUACUGAUUUAGGGUCAAAUAUUAUUCAGAAUCAGUUUGUAACACAACAAAUGUACACCCAACCAAGUUACCUCUCACAAGCGCUAAUGCAAGCAUCAGCUGAGGCUCAAUUACCAGAAAAUCUAUUCAAAGCAUAUCAGCCAGGAAUAGCCCUCAUCCAUCAAACAGAAGAAUUGGUGGAGGAACCUAAGAUAGAUUCCACGUUAUUGGAAAGCUUUAGAGAAGUUGAACUGGAUGAAGAUGUAAUCGUGGAUUCUGGACAAUCCCAACCCCAAAGCAGCCGUAUGCAACUUUAUAAAACCAAUUACAGAAACACACUGCUAUAUAAACCUGAUUCAUUGACUUUGACUGAGGAUUUGGCGUUUUAUUUAUUGGAUUUAUGUGAGGAUGGAGGAUAUCUGCACCUAUUUGGCCGAAUGCGGAGUAGUGGGACUGAGACCGAAAGUUGUCUAGUGACAGUCAAAAACAUGUACAGAACAUUGUUUUUCAAGCCCAGAAUGAAUUUGCUGUUUAACGAGCUUGGAGAACUCGUUGAUUCAGCAGCUGAAGGAGUAAUUAACAGCAGUGAUCCGCUCUACGAACGUCAAAUUAUGAUGAACUUUUUCAACGAGUUUGAAGUCGUAAGGAAGGACUAUGGCAUUAAGAAAAUCAAAUACAAACUUGUCAAGAGAUCAUUACUUACCUACGGCCCAACUAAGCAACAAUUUUACAUCAAAGUUUGUUACCCGUUCCAGUUUCAACCUUUAAACAAACAACAUUUAAGCGGCAAAUAUUACGAAGACGUCUACCAUAACAAUAGCACACAAGUGGAGUUAUUUCUGUUGAAGAGAAGAAUAAAGGGGCCUACGUGGUUGAGAAUAAGUGAUUACCAGAAAUCAGCGAAUAGUUUGUCUUAUUGUAAGGUCGAGGUUGAAAUUGAAUCGCACAAGAAUGUACAGCUCUGGCACACUAAAAACAACGAAGAACUCUUCACACCUAAACUAAAUAUUCUUUCAAUCUCAAUCAAGACACUUUUCAAUACACCAACACAUCAAGAGGUGUUUAUAAUAAGUUGUGUUUAUAACAAGUAUAACAUUGAUGAAACUGUUAUGAAGGAUAACCACCAGUUUAUCGGAAUAAGGAAACCUCAGAAUCUACAAUGGCCAAAAGAACUCAAACAUUUUCUUGAAAAGAGGAAUUAUUUUAGAAUUUUCGAGCAGGAAAGAGGACUAUUAGCUUAUUUUAUGAAUUAUCUUAAGGGAAUUGACCCAGACAUAGUGAUUGGACAUGACAUUCACCAGAACUGUGUAGAUUUACUCGUGAAACGCUGUAAUUUACUUAAUAUCCCACUCAGAAUUUCACUUUCACGACUCAAAUUGGUUAAGAAAUCUAAUUCCCCAAUGCUUUUUGGGAGAUUAUUUUGCGAUACAAGGUUACUCACUAAAGAGUUACAUCCCUCAAAGGAGAAUUAUAAUUUGAUAACAUGUGUGAAUGACAUUUUGGAGAUAAAGAGUGUUGGAGAUUUGAACCUAUAUAGCAGAUCAGCGUUUAGUAUGAGCGAAAUAGAAAACCUGUUCAGUAAAGAAGACUCUAUCAAACACCUGCUCAAACUAGUUCAUUCAAACCUCUUGGCUUCCAAACACAUUCUACAGCUUCUCUUUAAACUACAGAGUAUAAUGAUGUGUAGGUCUGAGAGGAUUGAUUUUCUACUAAUGCAUGAAUUCUAUCGCAAUAAAUACAUUCUGGACAACGUGUUCAACAAAUUCAAAGAACAACUAGAUGAUAUGAAGAGUUAUGAGGGAGGGUUGGUAUUUGAGCCGAUAUCAGGUUUGUACGACAACUUCAUCUUGUUGCUCGAUUUCAACUCGUUGUACCCGUCGAUAAUUCAGGAGUACAACAUCUGCUUUACAACAACAGUUGCAAAGGACGAAGAUAACGUUGUUAUCCAAGACAACGUUGGAGUGCUCCCGUCAAUCCUAAAACGACUAGUUGAGUUACGUCUCAACAUUAAAAAUAUCAUCAAAGGUGAGAAGAAUGAGGUCAGACGAGUUCAACUUUCCACAAGACAAUUGGCCCUGAAACUUAUCGCAAAUUCCAUUUAUGGAUGUUUGGGUAGCAAUUUCUCAAGAUUCCAUUGCAAAUAUAUCGCUUCAUACAUUACAAAACUAGGCCGUGAGUUAUUGAGAAGCACGAAGGAGAAGGUGGAAAAUGUGUUUAAUUUACAGGUUAUUUACGGUGAUACAGACUCCCUGAUGAUAAACACUAACAUCCGAGAUGACGGAAACCUUGCAAACUAUAAUGCAGCAAAUCAACUGGCAAACAAUCUAGUGACAUUCAUUAAUAAAUCACACAAGAAAUUGGAAAUUGGUAUCGACGCAGUUUUUACACGGCUAUUGCUGCUCAAAAAAAAGAAAUACGCAUCACUCAAAGUGAUAGAAUAUGAGACUGGUCAAUUUGCUAGAGAGAUAAAAGGGUUGGAUUUCAUUCGCCGUGACUGGUCACUGUUAACGAAAGAAAUUGGAAACAAAUUACUCGACAUCAUUUUAAACUCAAAUUAUUACAACGGAGUAGACGGAAUCGUCCAGGAAAUACACUCAACCCUCAUCAAUCUCAACGAUCAACUGAAUAACAAUUCGAUAGAGUUGAGUAAAUUCUUGAUAACGAAGCAACUGACAAAGAACCCGAAAGAGUACAGUGAUGUACAAAACUUACCACACGUUUCCGUGGCCCUGAGGUUAAACGAAAAAGGGCACGCAAAUUAUUCAACAGGACAUGAAAUUUCAUAUAUUAUAUGCACGAAAUCAUCAGCCUCUAAAUUCCACACUAAUAGCGAUAAUAGUGCUGAAAACACAUCUAGUUCGGGUAAUACGGGUAGUAGUUUGAGUAGUAGAGCGUUUAGUUACAACGAAGUUACGGAGAACGGGUUGGAGGUUGACAUAAGUUACUAUAAGCAACAGCAGUUGUUGCCACCAAUAUUACGUUUGUGUAGCAUAAUUGAGGGUACAGAUAUACAAAGACUCUCUAGAUGUUUACAAAUCGAACAGAGCAGAGUGAUUACACAGGAAUAUAAUUUCGAACAAGAAUCUAAAGUUUUAUCAUUAAUCAAAAGAUCAAACGAGAAUUAUAGAGAUGUAAUUUGA